GGGUGAGACACAGAUGAGGUGUCUGCUCUGCGGAGAGGGGGAACCAUUGCUGGGUCUACUGUCACCUUCUCUUUAUAUCCAAAGACGCUACAGUAUGUUCUAAUAUCCCUUCCAACAUCCGCAGGAUGUUCUGCCAGAUCACACGAGAAAUCAGCACAUGGACUGCAAAAUCAGUAGAGGAGGAGACGACCGAGCUUAUCCAGAGAAAAAGGAUCCAGGACCUUCCGCUACUCCGGGCUGCAAAAGAAAAUGACAUUCCGAAGCUGAAGGAACUCCUGGAAGAUGACAAGUGUGACCCGUACCAACGGGGAGCCGUUGGGGAGACCGCCCUGCACGUGUCCGUCCAGUAUGGAAAUUUGGAGGCCAUGGAGGUCCUGCUGGAUGAAGCUCCCCAGCUAAUAAACCAGGCCAUGACCUCUGACCUCUAUCGAGGUCAGACGGCAUUACACAUAGCUGCGGUCAACCAGAAAGUAGACCUGGUGCUGGCCCUGAUACGGAGAGGGGCUGAUGUCUCCUCACCCAGAGCCACUGGAAGUUUCUUUGCCUUAAGUCCUAAGAACCUCUUCUACUUUGGAGAACACAUCCUGUCCUUUGCUACAUGUGUCGCGGAUGCUGAGAUUGUUAAAAUACUUAUAGAUCAUGGAGCAGAUAUGUGGAACCAGGACAAUUUGGGUAACACGGUCCUACAUAUCCUCGUCCUUCAACCCAAUAAGAGUAUUUCCUGCCAGAUGUUUGAUUUCCUGCUCUCUCGGGAUUGUGGCCUACGUGGAAAAGCUCUUAGCGAGAUUCCUAACAAGCAGGGUCUCACGCCAUUAAAGCUGGCUGCUGUUGAAGGCAACGUGGUGAUGUUCCAACACUUAAUUCAGAAGAAGCGAAAAGUUCAAUGGUCAUUUGGCCCGAUUAACAAUAUGUUGUAUGACAUGUCAGAGAUUGACUCAUGGGAGGGCCAAGAGUCCAUACUUGAGCUCCUUGCAUCAUCAAACAAGAGCAAGGCUCACAAAAUAAUGAAUAUCCCACCAGUGAAACAGCUGCUACAGAAAAAAUGGCAGCAUCAUGGACGCACAUAUUUUCUGUCCCUGGCUACUCUCUACGUGUUCUAUAUGACCUGUGUGUCCCUAUGUUGUGUCAACCGACCAAUUAAACCACGAGAAGGAAACAUUACGGACCCCAGAGACAUCACUCUGUUUGUUCAGAAGACGCUACAGGAAGCAUAUGUCACUACAGAUGAUUACCUGAGACUAUUAGGAGAGAUCAUAUCCGUAAUUGGAGCUAUUAUAUUUUUGAUAAUCGAGCUUUCACAGGUGCAGAAGAUUGGGUUAAAGUAUUUUCUAUUACGUACGUUCUGGAAGGAAAAUUUCCAUAUGGUCAGAAUCUCCUUUGCUUUACUGGUUCUGUUGGUCUUGGCGAUGCGACUGACUAACACAGACGGAGAGGUGAUCCCGAUGUCCAUAGCGCUGUUGCUAGGCUGGUGUUACGUCAUGUAUUUUGCCCGCGGAUUCCAGAUGCUCGGACCCUUCACAAUCAUAAUUCAAAAGAUAUCCACAAGUAAUCUCCUGACGUUUGGCUGGCUUAUGGGCAUGGUGGUAUGUGGGUACACCUUAGCUCUCUAUGUCACAUACCAGAUGGUAGAUCCUCAAGCUUUUGGAGCUUACGCCCCCUAUGCCAUGUGCCUGCUCAGCACCUAUGAGCUGUUCCUGAAUGCCCUCAAUGGCCCAGCCAACUACAGUGUCUACAACCCAACUAUGUACAGUCCCAUCUACAGCUCGUUCAGCGUCAUCGCAUUUCUUCUGAUGUUUAACCUGCUCAUCGCCAUUAUGGGGGACACGCAAGGAGACAUGGCUAAAAAGAAGGAUGAACUGUGGAAGGCACAGAUCGGCGGCGCUACAGUGAUGAUAGAGAGGACAUUUCCAAAACGUCUGUUGUUUGGCUCGAAAUCAGCUGAGCACACCUUGGAAGAAAGACGAUAUCUCAGUGUGGAGGAGCGUAGACGGCAUGCGUGCCCGUCGCAAAACGGAGAACAGUCCAGCAUCGACUCUGAUGAGGACAUCCCACCUCACGAACCAUUAGAGACAGAGGCCACGAAUCUGACUGGUACAGAGGAGAGGAGGGCAGAUGACAUUCACGGAGCCGUAGAUGGAGGAAAAGUUGUUCAUGAUGAUGAUGAUGAUGAUGAUGAUGAAAGCUAUAUGGGAUGAAGAGAUAUUUCAGAUUUAAACGCAAAUUAAAUUACCAGCGUUUUUUCUGUUAAUACAUUAGUUUAUUUCAUGACUGCUAAUUAUUUUUUUAUUGUCUAUUUUCCUGACCAUAUUAAUUUCCCUUUUGUCUUUUGUAUAUAUUUCUUUUUUUUUUUUUUUAGUGUUCUAUAA